AUUUCUUCAGGAAUUGCAUUCUCUAGUUCACACUCUUCUGCUUCUCCCCAGAUUAUAUGGCUGCUCUUUUUGUUCGUCAUUCUGGGACUCACAGCGUCUAAAUUUUUCUGUCCCAACCUGUCAGCCAUCUGUACCAGUCUGCACCUCACUCACAACGUGGCCGGUGUGACGUUCCUCGCUCUUGGUAAUGGUGCUCCGGACGUCUUUAGUGCUAUGGCAGCGUUCUCUCACCCACACACUGCUGGACUGGCUGUCGGAGCCUUAUUUGGAGCUGGUAUAUUUGUCACCACAGUGGUUGCCGGCAGCGUGGCGCUGGUCAAGCCUUUCACUGUGGCCUCCCGUCCAUUUCUGCGGGACGUCAUCUUCUACAUGGUGGCUGUGUUUUGGACUUUCCUCAUGUUGUACAGAGGAACCACCGCACUGGGAGAAACACUAGGGUACCUUGGCCUCUAUGUGGUGUACGUGUUGAUAGUUAUUAUCAGCGCGUACAUCUACAACCGACAGAAACAUUUGAUUAACUCCAGUGUGCAAAGUACUGCACAAAUUCCAGCAGAGUUUCACUCGUCUGACUCGUCUGAUGAUGACGUUCCCUGCCUGAAUGGAGGAACCGUCCAACAGGAGUACGAGUCAGAGUACAGGCCACUUCUGCCCUACUCCGAGUCCACGAGUCAGAUCCUGCUGAGCUCCAUGAACCCGGUGGACAGCAGGAAGUGGAGGAGAAAAACCUGGAGCUGGAGGGCUCUCAAAAUACUGAAGACGCCCCUAGAGGUGGUGCUGCUGCUCUGCGUCCCUGUGGUCGACCCCGAUAAAGAAGACAGGAACUGGAGACGCCCGCUGAACUGCCUCCAUCUGACCACCGCUCCUCUGGCCUGUCUGCUCACCUUCCAGUCUGGGGCCUAUGCAGAUUAUAUGAUCCAAGGGCAGUUUCCCGUCUGGCUGCUGAUGCUCCUGCUGGGAUUCUUCCUGUCUGCCAUCGCCUUCUGCACCACCACUAAUGACUCCCCUCCCAAAUAUCAUUCACUGUUUUCUCUGCUGGGCUUCCUGGUGAGUGCGUUGUUGAUCAGCGCAGCCGCCUCAGAAGUGGUCAGUCUUCUGCACAUGCUCGGUGUGGUGCUGAGUCUCAGCAACACCGUGCUGGGACUCACUCUGUUGGCCUGGGGCAACAGCGUAGGAGACUGUUUUUCUGACAUCACCAUCGCCCGGCAGGGUUACCCACGGAUGGCCAUUUCUGCCUGCUUUGGAGGCAUCAUUUUCAACAUGCUGCUUGGAGUUGGUUUAGGAGGUCUGAUGCAGAUGGUCGAAACACACAAUGAUGUGCAGUUUGAAACCGAUGGUUUGACGUGGGUUCUUGCAGCAUCGCUGGGUUUGUCUUUGGUUCUGUCCUUCGUCAUCGUUCCUAUGAGCCGGUUCCACUUGGGUCGAAACUACGGGAUAUUUCUCCUCGUCUUCUACGCGAUCUUCCUUAUCAUUGCGCUGCUUACAGAGUUUGGAAAGAUACACUUUGUGUAGAUCUGACUACACAAUGCCCUUCAGUAAAGCAAAAUGACACACUGGAACAGAUUCAGCCUCUGCCGGGCAUAAUGUGACAUCUGUAUUCAUUCAACAACAGAAACCUGCACAUGCCAAACUGACAAAUCAAUAAGACUGAGACUUCUCUGCUCAGGGAGAGCUGAAAUUAUUACACUGUGCCUUUAUUAAACGUUGUGUUUGUGCUGACUGGAUCUCGCACUUUGGGAGUCCAGAAUGAAAACACAAGUUGUAAAAAUGUAUACUUUCAAACAUUGUGAAUUUGUCAAAUAUACUGAGAAUCAAAAUGUUAAAAUGACCUUGUACAAAACUGCUUUACGGGCAUUAAAUAAUUUUGGUUUGGUA